UCCCUCAUCAUAAUCCAACAUAUUUAGUACAACACACAGACUCUAAUUCUUUCUUUCAUUCUUUGAGAGUCAUAACAACAACAAUUAAUAAUAAUGCUUGGGAUAGAAGAGAUACUAAGUGAGCUUGGUGGUGGUGGUGGAAGAGAAUAUUCAUCAUCAGACCAACAACAUAAUGGAGGUGGUAAUUUGCCACCAGGGUUUAGGUUCCAUCCAACUGAUGAAGAGCUCAUCACUUUCUAUCUUGCUUCUAAAGUUUUUGGGAAUUCUUCAUCCACCACUACCUUUUCAUCAUUUGCUAGUGUUCACAUUGCUGAAGUUGAUCUUAACCGUUGUGAACCUUGGGAGCUACCUGAAGUGGCAAAAAUGGGAGAAAGGGAGUGGUAUUUCUAUAGCUUGAGGGAUAGAAAGUACCCAACCGGGCUAAGGACGAACCGGGCCACGGGAACGGGUUAUUGGAAGGCAACGGGCAAGGACCGGGAGGUUUAUAGUAGUGGGUCGGGUCGGACCCUUUUGGGCAUGAAAAAGACAUUGGUAUUUUACAAGGGUCGGGCUCCUCAUGGUGAAAAGACCAAAUGGGUCAUGCACGAGUACCGCCUUGAUGGAGACUUUUCUUAUCGGCACACGUGUAAGGAUGAAUGGGUGAUUUGUAGAAUAUUUCACAAACUAGGGGAAAAGAAACCAAAUGGUGGCCAAAACUAUCCUCAAUUCAAACAACACAGCACAUCAACCAUAGCACCAUCACCCCCAACUCCAACCCCCACUGAAAUUACCAAAAAGCCCUUCAAUGAAGGCACAACAUCCUUAAUGAACCAACCAUCCCUCCAAAAUCCCUUUCUAUUUGGUGACAAUCAUCAAGAAUUAACCCAUGAUCAAGACCUCAAAUCACUCCUUAACUUACCAACAUUUUCAACCCUUCAAACCACUCCUAACUCGAAACGUCAACUCGUCCUAAAUCAACCCGCUACACAUGUCUCCAAACAAUGCAAAACUGAGGUCCAUUUUAACAUUCCACAACUCCCGAAUGCUAGCUUGAACUGUUGGGAGAUGGAUUAUAUCCCCCCUACUCCAAUGUUUCCGUUUGAGCAACCAAAUGCCGGUGUAAUGGACUACUAUAUCAAUACAAGCGACAACGUUGGUGGUACAAGAUUAGGAGUCGAAGCUACAAAUGAGCAUGGUGGCAACGAUGGGGUGUCAUUCGAGAGAGCCGGUUUUAAUCAGUUGUUACUACCUAUUUGAUUAUAAGAUCAAUGUGUUAUAUGCAAUCUAUAUAUAUAUAUAUAUAUAUUAUUGUUAUUAGUGAUAAUAUAUGACCAUGAUUGUUAUCAAGUAGUAUUAUAUAUUAUGUAAAUAAAUGCUAAGAGUUGAUUAAACCAACAAUAAUAGUAAUAGAA